AUGGAUGACAUGUCGAGCCCCAACUCGUCCAACCUCAGCGUCUUUGAUAGCGGCGCCGGCACCGAUGUCGGACUGCACGAUGAUGACACUUCGCCUUUUAGCAGCACCAACGACAAGGGCACCGCCACCGGUUUUGCCAACCGCGAGAGUAGCAUCCGCAGCAGCAUGAGCAGCACGGCCAGCAGCCGCCCAAUCAUGCUCCUUCCGGCCACGGAACGUUCUGGUUCUAUUUCUAACAGCUCGGCCAACGGCUCGCUGUCCCAGGCCACGGCCGAAAGCGCCAAUGGCACCGCCCAGCAGCGGAAACGCCGGUCCAAGAAGACCGCCGGCGAGAAGAAGGACGCCACUGCGAGUGCCGCCUCGGAUGGCAAAGAGGGCACGGUCACCAACGCCGCUGGCAAGGUGAUCAAGCGCCGUGCCGCACGUGCCUGCGUCAGCUGCCGGAACCGUAAGGUCCGUUGCGAUGUCGUGGAGACCUUUCCCUGCGGAAAUUGCCGCUGGGAUAAGAUUGAAUGUGUUGUUCAGGAGGGUCGCAGAAGACGACGCGGUCUUUUCAACGCACGUGAAGCUGCAUCUGCUGGCGCAUUGCCUGGAGCCGGCGGGUCUUUCGGCUCACAAGAUCUCAGGGGCCACAGCCAUAACCAGAGCCAUGGUAUUGCGAACGGCGCAAACGGCAACGGUGCCAACCAUGCCUUCGACAACGGCUUCGGCAUGGUCGGUUCCGACGCGACCAAGGUGGCUGCCGCCCUGAACCAGGGCAACGGCGCCAGGGGCUCGUUCGACUUCAGCGGCCAACAGCGCAUCAGCAGCAACCCGCUCCUGCUUCCCAAAGGCCCGAUCCCGCAAACCGCAUCCGUCGAUCCCACGGCAGCGCCCAUCGGCCUGCCAGGCUUCCCUCUUCUUCCGAUCAAUGGCGUUCUCGGCGAUCCCCAGCAGCAAAUUGCAGCCCUGUUGCCCGGCUUCAUCCGCCCGCUACCCGGCAAAAUGGCCCCCGAGGACAUUGUGUACCUACACAGCAAAGGCGCCUUCACCCUGCCCGAUAUCACGCUCCAGAAAGCGCUCCUACACGCAUACGUCGAAUUCGUUCACCCAUACAUGCCGCUGCUUGAGCUUCACCCGCUCUUGGAGACGAUCCACGAGCGAGACGGCAAGAGCGGCACCGUCAGCCUGCUGUUGUACCAUGCCAUUAUGUUCACGGCGGCGUCAUUUGUCCCAGCGAAAUUCCUCAAGGCGGCCGGUUUUAGUCGGCGGAGAGAGGCGAGAAAGUCGUUUUUCAUGAAGGCUCGGGCCCUCUAUGAUUUCGAUUACGAGACCGACCGUCUCACGCUCGUCCAAGCGCUGCUCCUGAUGACCUACUGGUACGAGACCCCCGACGACCAGAAAGACACAUGGCAUUGGAUGGGCGUUGCUGUGUCCCUUGCCCAUACGAUCGGCCUCCACCGCGAUCCUCGGACGACCGGCGAGCCGAUUCGCCGUCAACGUCUGCGCAAGCUUCUCUGGUGGUGCUGCUUCAUGCGCGACCGCAUGAUUGCCCUCGGCAUGCGCCGCCCCAAGCGUAUUCGAAGCGAAGACGCGGACGUCCCGAUGCUUACGCCGACCGAUUUCGAAACGGCCAUCCUCCCGGAAGACAUCGAUGUCGUGCCCACCGAAUGCCGCCUCGUUCGCGAUGUCGAAAUGCAGGAGCAGCUGGCCGAACUGUGUGUGGAAAAGGCCAAGCUGUGUGUCCUGGUAGGCAACAUGUUGCAGCAGCAAUAUACCAUCCUGCCUCGCGGCCGCCAGCGGGGAAGCGACGCAGGAAGCAGCAAUAGCACCAUGAUGCUCUUCCCGAACCGCCCCGUGAGCGACGACGGGAAAGGCAACGGACCGAGCGUCGUAGACAAGAUUGAUGCCAAGCUCCGGGCAUGGCUCCUGGCUCUGCCUGUCUCAUGCCGCUAUGCUGCACUGACGCCGGCGGAUGUGCAGAACGGCCGUGCGACGGUGGCCGUGCAGAGGACGCUGCUGCACCUUGUGUACCACACGACGAUGUCGGCGCUUCACCGUCCGCGGAUUCAGCCGGUGGCCGCCGGUGCGCCCAUGCUUCCAAUCGAGCUGCAGGAGUUUUCUCGCGCUCGCGUUCGGGACGCAGCCGACUGCGUCACGCGCAUGGGCGGUGAGAUGCUGCGCCUCCGCCUGGAACCAUACCUUCCAACAGCAGGUGUCACGGUCUUUUUGCCAGCCAUGUUUGCGCAUCUGCUGGACAUCAAGGGUGGCGUCCCGCGUGAGCGACGCCAGCAGGCUGUUCUUGGCUUCCUUACAUGCAUGCGGAUCAUGGAGAGUCUCCGUGAGACGUACGCUGCGGCGGAGAUUGCCAAGGGCUUCGUCGAGUCACUGCUGAAAAAGGCCGGCAUUAAUCUGGCCGCGGUUGCCAACUUCAACGACGACAACGCCGCAGGCGGCAUGAGUAUCGAAGGCGAAGGCACGGGAACCAGCACACCCAUCAACGGCGCGUCAGCAUCGCUUCUCAACGCCACAUCCAACGUCGGUGUUCCGUACACGGAAGACGGCAUUGCCCAUGCCGUUGCCAUGUAUGCGGCAAACACGCCGAAGGCCAUGUCGGCGCGAACCACGCCGCCGGCCGACAACGAAAUGGGCGGCCACGUGGGCAGCACGAGCGGCAGCGACAGUGUGAGCUACAGCAGCAGCACCAGCAGCAACGGCGUGAACAAUAGCAGCCAGAACAAGCGCGACAGCACCCAAAACGGCAACACGAUAAACCAUGGUAGCCAGGGCUCCAAUGGCCAAAAUGGCAACCUCAUGCAGGGCCUCCAAAACCACAGCAAUAACACGGUGCCGUACAUGCCGACGUCUGUAGCCGCAGCAGCGGCAAGAUUGAUGGAGCAGGGUCUUCAGCAAGCGGCCAGCGACCCUAUGCCGAUGUCGAACGGCAAUGGCAUUGCCACGGUCAACACGGCAGUUGAGCAGAUGUGGGGCCUGACACCGUCAGGCAGUGCAGUAUCGGAGGAUCCGUUUGAGUGGGACGCGAUGACGGCAGAUCCGGCGGCCAUGAAGCUGGACUUCGAUCAGUGGCUUGACUUCCCGCCAGAGGGCAUGGGCAGCAGCACCGAUCAUGCCUUUGUUGGGUUGUUCAACUCCGACUUUGGCAACGACUUGAUGAACACCGACUUUUAG